AUGGACUAUCGUAAGGGAAACUACGAUGGCAUGAACAACUUCCUGACCAACAUUAAUUGGAACCAACUACUGGCCAACCUUGACGCCGACACAGCUGCUGAUACUUGGACAGGUGUUCUAACAGACGCCAUCAACACCUUCGUUCCAAGGAAACAGCGCCAGCCUCCAAGACAUCCACCGUGGUCAACACCUCGACUGCAAAUUUUGAAGUCCAGGAAACGCGCUGCCCUCAAGAAAUACGCCAAACACCCGACAGAUCGAUGGAGAAACCAUUAUAGGUCAAGAAACCGGAAGUACAGUAUCCUGAACAAACAACUUUUUCGUCGCCACCAACACCGAAUCCAAAGCCGAUUGAAACGAGACCCCAAGAAGUUCUGGAACCACGUAAACGAGCAGCGGAAAGAGACAGGUCUACCAACUGCGAUGAUACUCGACGGUGAAGAGGCUACUUCCACCGAGAGUAUAAGCGAUCUGUUUCGUCGCCAGUUCAGCAGCGUAUUCACCAACGAAGCAGUAGGGAAACGCAUAUUGCUAAGGCUGCUAGCAACGUUCCACUGCGACCUCCCAUUGGACCUCACCCGGUGGUCACUUCCGAGUCCAUCCGUCGUGCCUGCGCCUCUCUCAAAGGUUCUACCAGCUGCGGCCCAGACGGCAUCCCCGCUCCACAAGAAGGGCCCAAAACGUGAUGUCCGGAACUAUCGCGGAAUUGCUGCCCUCUGCGCAGUCAGCAAACUGUUCGAAGUAAUCGUGCUGGAUUUCAUUAAGUUCAACUGCUGUGACUAUGUCGCCCUGGAACAGCACGGCUUCAUGGCGAAACGUUCCACCAACUCUAACUUGGUCUCCUACUCGUCCUUCAUUCUUCGAACCAUGCAGCAACGGAAGCAGAUCGAUGCCAUCUAUACGGACCUAUCAGCGGCUUUCGACAAGCUGAACCACCGCAUUGCUGUUGCGAAACUGGAACGCCUAGGCAUUCCGCAAGGAAGCCAUCUGGACCCUCUGAUCUUCCUCCUCUACAUGAACGACGUGCAUCAUCUUUUAGGCUGUCACAAACUGUCGUAUGCGGAUGAUAUCAAACUGUUCACCGUUGUCGAGAAUGAUACCGACUGCCAGUUUCUUCAGGAGCAGCUCGACCUGUUCGCCAACUGGUGCUCCGAAAACAGGAUGGUUCUGAACGCUUCCAAGUGCUCGGACUACCUUGCGACCUGCUACACCGCCGCUUGUCCAACUCAGCACUUUUCCUUUCCGGACCGGUUUGGCGGCGGUGGCGGUGGCAAUUUAUUUUCGGCAACUCCAGCACACCAAUUUAUGCUGAGGGGCAGCAGCAGUGGCUUUCGAUGA